AUGGCUCAAAACGCUGAGUCGUCGGUCCCAUAUGGACACGAAGAAUCAGGCCCAGAGAAGAACGUGACUACCGACGAGGAUUCUUUCACCAGAGAUGACGUGAAGAAGACGGAGAACUCGCCCCCUCCAUACACGCAAUCGCCGUUCACAUCAGAUGCCUUUGGCGAUGAGGAGUUUGCCGAAGUCAAAUACAAGACUUUGAAGUGGUGGCAAUGCGGUCUGCUUAUGGUGGCCGAAACAGUGUCCCUUGGUGUUCUGUCGCUGCCUGCCGCUGUUGCAGGUUUGGGUUUUGUCCCAGCCAUCAUUAUUCUCGUUGCGCUGGGUCUUUUUGCGACAUAUACGGGUUACGUCAUUGGACAGUUCAAGAAUCGGUUUCCGCACGUUACGAACAUGGCAGACGCCGGUGAGGUCGUGGCAGGGAAAUGGGGUCGCGAGUUCAUGGGCGUUGCGCAGAUGCUGUUCUUCGUCUUCGUCAUGGCGAGCCAUUUGCUGACGUUCACUGUCGCUAUGAAUACCCUCACUGAGCACGGCACGUGCUCAAUUGUCUUUGGCGUUGUGGGCAUGAUCGUCUCGUUCAUCCUGUGCUUGCCUCGCACUCUGGAGAAGAUGUCCUGGCUCUCGCUAGUCUCGUUCAUCAGUAUCUUCUCGGCCGUCAUGAUCUGCAUGGUUGGCGUCGGUAUCAGCAAGCCAGGGGUAAACAAUACUGCAGCUGUCGUCGACACGGACCUCUACCACGGCUUCACUGCCGUGACUAACAUUGUCUUUGCUUUUUGUGGACACGCUGCUUUUUUCGGUCUCGCUGCUGAACUCAAAGAUCCCCGCGACUUCCCCAAGGGCCUCUGCCUCCUUCAAGGAAUUGACAUCUCUCUCUACCUCAUCGCGGCCGUCGUGAUCUACCGCUACGGUGGCGCAGACGUUACCUCGCCCGCUCUGGGAUCCGCAAGUCCAAUCGUCAGCAAAGUUGCCUAUGGCAUUGCCCUCCCUACCAUCCUCAUUGCAGGUGUCAUUUACGGCCAUGUUGCCGCCAAAUACAUCUAUAUCCGCAUCUUCCGCGGCACAGACCGCAUGCACAAGCGCGACGCCGUCGCCAUCGGCUCGUGGGUUGUCAUUGCUCUUUGCCUCUGGAUUCUAGCCUGGAUCAUUGCCGAGGCUAUCCCCGUCUUCUCCAACCUGCUCAGUCUGAUCACAGCCCUUUUUGCAAGCUGGUUCACUUAUGGCCUUUCCGGAAUCUUCUGGCUUUUCAUGAACAAAGGUCUCUGGUUCAAGAACUGGAAGAAGAUUUCGCUCACAAUGGUCAAUCUGCUGGCCAUCGGAGUUGCUUGUGUGCUCUGUGGUAUGGGCCUCUGGGUGUCUGGCAAGGCGUUGCAUGAUAACCCAAGCUCAGCCAGCUUUUCUUGCGCGAAUAAUGCUUAG